CUUCGUGAGAGGGACCCUUGGAUCAUUUACCAAAGUUUAUCGUCCAUCUCAUCAAGGGGUAGAACGGCAACUUAUCUCGAUCGUCGUCCUUCCCUUCAAGCACCUUUCCCCAGAAUUCUCUCUUUAAUCCAACAUUUUUUUUUUCUAGUCGCUCAUUUGGCUACCUGCAUCUGGGACGAAAUUGAGAACACCCAGUUGACGCAAACCUUUCGCCCCCCCCCCCCCACUCCCGCGCCCGCCUUUUGGCCUCACUCUCUCCGCGUCCGACGGGCGGACGAAUUUUUUGGAGGGUCGACGACACACCUAAAUCACCAACGGCGCGUCUGAGGGGGUGUGUUUGAAGAAAAAGAAAAAGAAAGCAAGUAAAGGAAGGAUCAAGAACAGAAGAAGGAAAAGCAAGUUUCAAGAUGGUGCAGUUUCGAUUAGAAAAUCCCCUCAAGUUCGGCAAGGACCUUUGGGAUCCUUCGCAUCGUUAUGAGACAUCUUGGCUUCUGCCGCCUUAUGCUCUGUGCGCAAUACGCGCCACUCUCGGCUUCUACGGUAUCCUCGUCAACCUCAUCCAGGUCGGCUGGUACUGCACCCACAAGGCCACCUGGGGCGGGUGCGCCGUGUCAGGCGACGAGUUCUCCUACUUCACCGUCCUGACCUACUGGGGUCUCGCCUUCUACAACCUCACGGCCGCCGUGCACACCCUCACCUACGCGCGCACGGGACGUCCCCUCCUCGACCGUUUCCCCCGCCCCCUGCAGGCCCUCCACGCCUUCUACUACACCACCAUCACCGUCUACCCGUUCAUCGUCACCGCCGUCUACUGGGCCAUCAUCUACCCGGGCUACUGGUUCCCCCGCGAGUUCGACGCCUUCAGCAACCUGAGCCAGCACGCCCUCAACUCCGUCUUUGCCCUGUUCGAGAUCGUCGUGCCGCGCACCCCGGCCCCGCCCUGGAUCCACGCCUGGUGGCUCGUCUUCGUCCUCGCCCUGUACCUCUCCCUCGCCUACGUCACCUACUACACCAAGCACUUCUACACCUACAGCUUCCUCGACAUCCAGACACAGGGCAGCGCCCGCACUGCCGUCUACAUCAUCUGCAUCGCCGUCGGCGCUGUCGUCCUCUUCGCCAUCGUCAAGGGCCUGAUUCACCUCAGGCUGUGGCUUACCGAGCAUAAAGCUGGUAUGGACGGUCGCUUCGCUGGGUACAGGUGUCUCAGAAGAGCGAGAGCCCUGUGA